GUUAAUAAUCAGUCUUUCAUUGGCCAGCAAUCACCCUGGGCCCCGUCUACACUUAGACCCCUCCCUCGUAGAGCCGCCCUGAAGACGGGGGCUCCUUUUGAAUGACAGCGCUUGCGAAGAAGACGAAUUUUUGUCUGAUUUCCAGCAGCCACGGCGUCGAUGAGAAGCAGCCGAGGAACUCCAUUCUAACUGGAUGGAUUGGUAUGGGGAGAAGCGGACCUCAAAUCACGGCUAAGCGGCAGCUUUGGGACUGUGUAACGUGGAUGAUGGUUUUACUUUUGCUGCUGUUUCGACCAGCUCACUGCCAGCAGUGUCGAAUCCAGCGCUGCAAUGCAGAGUAUGUGGCUUUUACCUCACCCUCUAGUGGUCUGCAGGAGGACGUGGCUCUGGACGUGGACUAUUGCAUUGCACUACGGGCCUAUGCUCAGUGCACCCGACGUCAGGCGCGCAGCUGUAGGGGUGAUCUGGUCUACCACUCAGCUGUCUUCCGCAUUAAGGAGUUAUUCUCUCAGCAUAACUGCACCCGCGACGGCCCCACCUCCUCCGCCAAGGUCCCCAGCACAUCUAGGCCGGUCGUGUCAGAGCUGUGUGAUUACGAAAAUCGUGUGCUCUUGCUGAGCCCUGGCGGUCAGCAGAAGAAAUACGCCCACUGUGGAUUAUUCGGAGACCCACACCUACGGACUUUCCGAGACGAGUUUCAGACCUGCAAGGUGGAAGGGGCGUGGCCUCUGAUUGAUAAUCGCUUCCUGUCAGUGCAGGUGACGAAUGUGCCUGUUGUCCUCGGUUCCAGCGCCACGGCAACCAGCAAAAUCACAGUGAUCUUCAAGUCAUACCAGGGCUGUGUAGAUCAGAAGGUGUACCAGGCCACCACUGAGGAUCUGCCGUUGGCUUUCCAGGAUGGGACUCAGAGUGGCGGUGACAGUGGCAGCUUGACCAUCGUAGAGUGGGGCGGCUCUGGAGUGGGCCAGCGGGUAAAGCUACAGGCCCGUUACAUUGGCACUACCAUCAUUAUCCGGCAUGUGGGCAGCUACCUGACCUUUGCUAUACAGAUGCCAGAGGACACCCUGGACUUUUCAGAGGACAGUGGCGGUCUGCAGCUCUGCAUGCAUGGCUGCCCACGCAGUGAGCUCAUUAAAGAGCACACACUGGGCCGUCAGAGCCAGCAGCCCCGUCUGCAGGGCACCAACCCGGAGCUGGGUCCUCUGAGGCCUCACCAGGUCUACACAGUGGACCGGGCCACGGCCAAGUGUAGAGAGACUCUGCAAGUGGAGGAUGUAUACUUUCAGUCCUGCGUGUUUGACUUGCUGACCACAGGAGAUCCUGAGUUCUCCAUGGCAGCAUUUGGUGCUCUGGAGGAUUUAAAGGCACUGCCACCCAGUAAACUGAAGCAGAACUCCCCAAGGACUCCUCGUCUUUACAACCAGGGGGUGUCACGCACAUCGCCUGCAGAAGCAGCCAGCAGCUCCCUGAUCUCACUCCUACUCCUCAUUCUUCUGCUUUGGUAAAAAAAAUGCAAAAAUACCAUUAACUAUCAAUGAGGAAUAAACAUGAAGUCA